GAGACAGUACCACCACCGGACACGAGAAAGAGAGACAGAGAGACACAGAGAAAGAGAGAGCGAGAGAGAGAGAGAGAGAGAGAGAGAGAUUGCGCUAGGCGAGGGACGAGAGUGUUGGUUGGAAACACACAAGGUGGAUGAUUCUCGUGCGUGCAGCAGCAGCAGACACACCACCGUGCGUCUUUACGCUCAGAGAUCACCCAGCCCUGAUCUCCUAACCUCUCCUCUUUCUUGCUUGUCUAGCAGCAGCUUCACCUGCGAAGCCACAGCGGAGGACAGCGGAGCUUCUCAGCGGACACUUUGCUGACUGAGAGACGGACGCACGGAAACCUCAGCGUACUUUAACCAUGGAGGAGAGUCAGUCGGAGUAGGGUAACUUACUACAACCUACACCAUCCACAAGCAGACUGUCACAAAGGACGCCAAUCUUCAAGAUGGCCCGAUAAAUUCUUAACGCCGUGCUUCGGAGAUUGGAUUGUCCAUCUCUCAGUAGCGCACGAGACGAGCAGAGAGGCCGUUAUUUGGUUAUUUCAGUCUUCAGAUGGACCGUGUGCCAUCCGCACUUGCUGGUAAGAUGCGCUGGAUCACACUGGUGCUUGCCGGCUUGACUUUCUGGGGCAAAGUUACAAUUUGUAACUGUUUCGACUACGAGGAGCCAGACUAUGAAUAUUAUGAGGAAGAGAGAGCGGAGACCAUUGACUACAAGGACCCCUGCAAAGCUGCUGUAUUUUGGGGUGACAUCGCAUUAGAUGAGGAAGACCUGCGCAUGUUCCAGAUUGACAGGACGAUAGACCUGACACAACACACACACAUGCACACACACUCUCGACAGGGGCACACGUCUGGUGGAAUCGAGGAACAUGAAACUCUGAAGAAGAGAGGGUCUUUAUACCUUCUGCUAGAAAGAAUACGUAGGUUUGGUUUUGAUUAUCUCCCCAAAAAUGACAGCAAGGGAGCUGCCAGUCCAAAGAGCCAAAGUGGGAAAGCUGGGAAGAAUGGAAAGUUUGUGAAAACUCGUAUUCCUCGAGCAGCCACUUCCCGAGCUGAGAGGAUAUGGCCUGGAGGAGUCAUUCCCUACGUCAUAGGAGGAAACUUCACUGGCAGUCAGAGGGCCAUGUUCAAGCAGGCCAUGCGCCACUGGGAGAAACAGACAUGCGUGACUUUCAUUGAGAAGACAGAUGAAGAAAGCUACAUAGUCUUCACCUACAGACCAUGCGGGUGUUGUUCCUAUGUGGGUCGUCGUGGAAACGGGCCCCAGGCCAUCUCCAUAGGAAAGAACUGUGACAAGUUUGGCAUUGUGGUGCAUGAACUGGGCCACGUCAUUGGCUUCUGGCACGAACACACGCGGCCCGACCGUGACGAUCACGUGACCAUCAUCCGGGAUAACAUCCAACCAGGCCAGGAAUAUAACUUCCUCAAGAUGGAGCCAGGGGAGGUGAACUCUCUUGGGGAGCCAUAUGAUUUUGAUAGCAUCAUGCACUACGCCAGGAACACCUUCUCACGUGGGAUGUUCCUCGACACCAUCCUUCCAUCCAGAGAUGAAAAUGGGGUCCGGCCUGCAAUUGGUCAGCGGACCAGGCUCAGUAAAGGAGACAUUGCACAGGCAAGAAAGCUGUAUAGAUGUCCAGCAUGUGGGGAGACGCUCCAAGAGUCAACAGGCAACUUCUCAUCUCCUGGUUACCCCAAUGGAUACCCUUCAUACACACACUGUGUCUGGAGAAUAUCUGUCACACCCGGAGAAAAGAUUGUUCUGAACUUCACCACCAUGGAUCUGUACAAAAGCAGUCUGUGCUGGUAUGACUACAUUGAAGUUCGAGAUGGAUACUGGAGGAAAGCUCCGCUGCUUGGCAGGUUUUGCGGAGAUAAAGUUCCCGACGUCUUGAUUUCAACUGAUAGCAGGAUGUGGAUUGAGUUCCGCAGCAGCAGCAACUGGGUAGGAAAAGGCUUCGCUGCCAUUUACGAAGCGAUCUGUGGAGGGGAAAUCACCAAGGACUCGGGGCAGAUUCAGUCUCCCAAUUAUCCUGAUGACUACAGACCCUCCAAAGAGUGUGUGUGGAGGAUCGCUGUAUCUGAGGGAUACAACGUUGGGCUCAGCUUCCAGGCCUUCGAGAUCGAGAGGCACGACAGCUGCGCUUACGAUUACCUGGAAGUUCGGGAUGGCCCGCUCGAAACAAGCCCUCUGAUUGGGCGAUUCUGUGGCUACGACAAACCCGAGGAUGUGCGCUCUACCUCACACACGCUGUGGAUGAAGUUUGUCUCAGAUGGGACUGUAAACAAGGCCGGCUUUGCUGCUAACUUUUUCAAAGAGGAUGAUGAGUGUGCCAAGCCAGACAAUGGUGGAUGUGAACAGAGGUGUGUAAACACUCUCGGCAGCUUCAAGUGUGCCUGUGACCCAGGUUAUGAACUAGCCCCUGACAAGAAGAGCUGUGAAGCGGCAUGUGGUGGUCUUCUAUCAAAGUUAAAUGGGACCAUUAGCACACCUGGCUGGCCUAAAGAGUACCCACCCAACAAAAACUGCGUGUGGCAGGUGGUGGCGCCCACUCAGUAUCGCAUCUCCAUGCAGUUUGAAGCGUUCGAGCUUGAAGGCAACGAGGUGUGUAAAUACGACUACGUAGAAGUGCGCAGCGGCCUCUCAUCCGACUCUAAGCUGCAUGGUAAAUACUGUGGUACCGAGGUCCCGGAGGUCAUCACCUCUCAGUACAACAACAUGAGGAUUGAGUUCAAGUCGGACAACACCGUUUCUAAGAAAGGCUUUAAAGCUCACUUCUUCUCAGACAGACUGGCACAGUGUCAGGAGCGUAUGUUUGUGUUUGAGUCGUGCCAGGACGUAACGCGCGUCAGUUCAACUCGUGGUCAUGUCGGCACCAGGCUGGCAAUCUCAUCAAAGGUCAGAGGUAACAUGACCUCACAAUCGGGAUUGAUCUCUGAUUGGCUCUGGUCAAUUAAGGGAAUGGAUAGAUCCUACUUUAUUGAUGUGGAUCCUUUCUUUAUCCAUUCUGCUCCAGAAGGAAACGUUCUGUGUCCCAGUAUUGUACAAAUUAUUGAUAAAAUCUAUGAUUCGGUGGACUAAAAUUGUGAUAAUAUGGAGUUAUGAGAUGCUAUCCUACAACUUUCUGUCAUCCAUAUUAAAGCUCCCAACUAGGCCUUAAAUGAAAACCCUUAAAAAAUUAGUAAGUAAAGUAAAUAAUGGAAUUACCCAUAAUGAAUGUGUAGUUAUUGUUUUAUGUCACACAGUGUUUGCAUGAUAGCUAAUAUGGAAAAAAGUAAUGAAGAAAGUGGUGAGUUUGAUCAAUUUACAGGUUCUAAAAUAUUCAGCAAAUAAAUGUACUAUAUGGCUACUUACUGUUUACUGAAUGAAAAGUAAUAUACACUACCUGUCCAAAAACAAGUCAUCACCUGGUUAACUAAGCAAACUAAGACUUACACUAGAUAAUGACUGCAGUGAUUACUAUGUUUUGGAUGGUAACAGGUUAUUUAACCAUAACUGAUGCUGUGAGGAGCUUAACCAACCAUGUUAGAAGACAUAUCCUGUGGUUGUGAAAAACCUGUUAUGGUUUUUCAGAAGGAUUGAAAGGGUUAUUGGUUUGCAUCAGGCAAAUAAAACAAAUGGAGAUUGCUGAACCAAGUAGCAUUAGGUUUACACAUUAUUAAAGACCUUGAAGUAUAAUGGAGAACCAUCAUCUUCACCAAAGAAGUGUGGCUCCAGUUUGCUGAAGACCAUAAUGACUGGACUCUGGAACAAUGAAAGUAGGACAGUGAUGCGAGUCAGAGGAGAGGCAAAUGAAGCAAUACUCCCUACUGCCAGCCUCUGGCUACAGUCCUAUGAUCUGGGUUUGGUUCAGUUGGUCAGGUCUUGAUUCAGCAGCGUAAUGUGGCCCUGCAAAAAAAUGAGGUUAGUUGAGUACCUGAAUACACUGAGUGGUCAGCUUUUUCCAUCAGCGGAUUUUUGCUUCCUUGUUGGUGGUUCCAAGAUGACAAUGCCAGGAUUCAUCAGGCUCUAAGAGUAAAAGAGCAGUUUGGGAAGCAUGACACAUCACUCUUUGGCUUGGUAAUCACAGAGUGCAGACCUUAAUCCCAUUAAGAAUGUUUGGGAUGCGCUGAAAAAGACUCUCCCAUCAUCAAUACAGGAGAAAAAAAUCCAAGUCUAGAUGGAAAUGAAUGUGGUCACAGUGCAAACUGAAACAACACCCCUCAAAUCUGUGCCAUCAAAGCUGGCCAAAAGAAAUAUAGCAUGCAUGAUGUGAAAAAAGCUUUUUAUUAUCCAAAAUGUUUAAGUAUUGUCACCAUCAUGUAUUUUCAUAAAUCCAGGCCAUGAUUAUCGUAUGCAAAUAUAUGUACGUUGAUUUUUUUUUAAACUGCAAUCUCAAAGACAGUCUUAAACAGUAUGAAAUUGGGACACAGCCCAUUUUCCACUAAAAAUACAACAAAUGUUCCCCGCUUGCUGUUUCAGGGAGAAAUUUGUUGGAUGUUAUGAUACAGAUUUCUCUUUUUUACUCAAACAAUUUACUGCAAACUUGAAGAGAAAAUCAGGACAGUUUAAACUUCAGAGGAAGAAAAGCUGUUAACUGCAUUCAACUAACCUGCAGCACACCUUUAACACACAGCUAAACAGUUCAGUGGGGCAGGCUUGCAAAAGGAAAGUACUCAGAUACGAAUAAUGUGCGUACUUGUGUGUUAAAAGCUGCUGUGUGGCUCAGUUACUGUCAGAAGCUUUUAGGGAUAGCUUUUGGUUGGUGAACAGCCAGCAGCUUUAGGGAGGUCCCCUCAGCCUCCCACAUACUACUAAUCCGUGUGUGUGUGUGUGCGUGUGUGUUUGCCCGUGCGUGCGUGUGGACAUUUUGUGCUUGACCUGAAGACAACUACAAUGAACACUGUGUAGCAUCGACCGCAAAGCUUCUUAGCCUGUGAUAGGGUGAGACUGAGCCCACAAUAGCACUGUAAUACCACAGCAGACACAGACAAACACACACGGAGAAAGAGAGGGAGAGAGAGAGGAUUUAGUGGUUUCAUUAAAAGCAGAUCUAGUUUGAUUCACAAGCUCCAAAGUUGAAGUGAGACUCGGCGUCUGUGUCUAAUCUCACAUCUCUUUAUAGGAAUCUGUUUCUCUCUCAGUCACAAACACACUGUGCUCCCACACUCUCCCCAUACAUCCUCUGUCUUCCUGUGCGGUCUGCAAUCCAUCCUCACCUCCUCUGCCUCUUUCUGUCUCCGCGCUUAACGUGGCAACCCCGAGCAGAGCGAACCUUCCGUUGCUUCUUCCGCCUCCACCCGGUAUUCAGCCUCACCAAAGUCUUUGUUCUCACCCAGCCCAUCCUGUGGUGAAUCCAAGUGGUUAGAGGACACCACAAAUUGAGUAUGAGGGAGAGAAAAUGAUUGGGAAGUGAGUUUGUUUUUGGACUUUAAAACGUUUCCACCUUUAACCUGCAACCGGAUCAAUUUGAUCAAACUCUGUGCCAAGCCAAACAUUUUACUAUAACACAAACAAUCUGUGUCUGUUUACCUAAAAAUCCUCUUACAUGAUCGGGAGUGGUGCAAACAACAUUGGUACACAAGUACAUCUUAAGCCCUGAAGGUUGUCAUCUAUAUCAGCCAUUAUGAUGUCAUCAUGUUGCCAGUUACCAAGAGGAUAAAAUAAUCCAUUUGCAGCUUUUAUGCAUCUAUAACACCGAAAGGUACUGUAUCAUUGACAUUUCACAACAAUUACUAAUUUCUAAUUUAUAGCAACAAAUUGAUUGAUGCUUGAUAUAUUCAUCAACAUCAGCAUGUUACCUAGCAACCGCAUAACAAUGGACUAAAAGAUGAACAGACCAAACAAUACUCUAGCAUGCGCAUUUACUUGGUGUUCAAAUCUUAUUUUAAAAUUCUAUUCAGAUUCUUCAGAUUCCCAAAACAUUCGCAAGACACCACAUGUUCACUCUGAAUUUUGAGGUAAUGUGUAUUGAAUGAUAAAACAAACUAUUUAAUUUAUAUUAACCUUGUGAAUAUUUUUUCAUAUUUUGCAUAUUUAAUGGAGUCUUUUACUCAGUACAACCAAUAUGUAGCUCCAAUAAUAAUCUAACAUAAUUAUGUAGUAUAUGAUGGGACUGUAAAGUACCAUGGUGGGGUAUAAACAUAAAUACAGAGGCUUAAAGGUUCCAAAAGUGACUAAGAAGUUUUUAUUGGAUUCUGACCAAUUCCCUAUACAGUUGAUGAAUGAUGAAAUCUUUUAUGUAUCAGCACAUAGCAAAAAUGAAUGAGGAAUUGAAAAAAAUCAUACAGUUUAUGACAUGCAGUUGGGCAAAUAAUUAUUUGAUCACCCGCUGGAUUUGCAAGUUUGCUCACUUCCAAAGAAAUGAACUCUCUCUCACUUUUACUAUAGUUUCAGUUUAAUGCAGCAAGAGAUAUAUCAGCUGAAAAUGCAAAAAAAACCCACAUUACAACACACUACAUAAAAGAGACUUGCUAGACCACUGAAUGACAUUCAUUUGCUUCUUCUUUAGCCACUCCUUUGUUGCCUUGGUGAUAUUUUUUGGGUUGUUGUCAUGACACAUCCACGACCCAUCUUCAGUGUUCUGGCUGAGGGAAGGAGGUUCAUUCAUUGUUCCCUUAAGGCAGUGAAAUCCUGCUGUACCCUUAGCAGAAAAACAAAACCAUAAUGUUUCCACCUCCAUGCUUGACUGUGGGGAUGGUGUUCUUUAGGUCAUACUCAGCAUUUCUCCUCUUUCCGACUUGGCAGAUGAAGUUGACACCAAAGAGUAUGAUUUUGAUUUCAUUUGACGACAACACUUCCCCCCCAAGCCUUUUCUGAAUCAUUAGAUGUUCACGGCCAAACUUAAGACAGACCUCUGCCUUCUUGAGUAGGGAGACCUCAUUGGUGCUGCACGGUAUAGUGUGUUAAUAGUGGUGUUCUUGGUGACUUUGGUCCCAACUGUCUUCAGGUCAUUACCAAAUCUACCACCUUUUUCAUGAUCAUCCUAACCCUGUGAUUCAAGAUCUUGCCUUGAGCACCAGACCAAGUGCAAUUGAUGAUCAUUUUAUGUUUCUUCCAUUUCCUGAUAUUCACACUAGUAGUUGUCAACGUCUCACCAAGCGUCUUGCGGAUGGUGUUGUUGCUCACUAUGCCUUGUGCAGGUCUUCAAUCUUGUAAUUUGUGUGCCACAUGGACACACAGCCAAUUUGUGGGAGCCAGAAUUCAGACUGUUUUGAUUCAAAUACUUAUUUUACUCAAUGACAUGCAAAUCAAUUUAUACAUUUUAUGUAAUGUGUUUUUUUCUGGAUUUUUGGUUGAUAUUCUGUCUCUCUACACUAAAAUACGAAUAACAUAAACAGAGACUGUUCAUUAGAGUGUAUGCAUGUUGAAAGUUAUGGACAUGAUGUUAUUACUUCCAUCUGAUAGCUGUAUAAAUCACUGCAGAUGGUUUGAAGUUUCUUCCAUCAUUAGAGAAAGCCAAGUGCAUCCCAAAGCUUACUCCUGUGGUUCUACCCUACCCAUUAAUUAAGAGACCCUUCAGCAGCCACGCGUGCUUUCAGUCUGUGUUACACUCAUAACAAAGAGAGGUUACAGGGGCUCGACUGCAACUGGGCCCCAGACUAAAACAAGUACACAAACAAGAUACACAAGUAGGGUAUGUUAACAAAAAACAGAUGAAACUAAUCAGGGACAAGUUAAUGGAUCACAAAGUAGGGACAACUAAGGAUGCAAAACAACACAUUGGGACACACAAGGGAAGUAAUACUUUCAAAAUAAACACAAAGAAUAAUCAAAAUUCAGUAAACCUAAAUAAGACAGCUGCUGUGACCUGAACGUAGACGAUUGCAACACAACAACAGACUUACACAAACUAACAAACUUCAGAAAGUUUUUUUUGUUUUCUUUCGUUAGAUAUUCUUCUCUGUGGCAAUCAAUGCAAACUUUUGCCUUUUUGAGUAACUUCUCCUUUAUUGAUCUCCAGCUGUUACUGUAGUAAAAAAACAAAAGUAAGCUGCAGAGAGCGUUCAAAGCCGGGAUGGCUCACUUGAUCAUCCUGCUGGGCUUUAACUCUCAGCCUUGCAAUAAAAUGUUUAACUUGUCUUCAUUUUCUCCUUUUCCACUGCACCCGCACCUCAUUACUGUCCUCUUUUGUUUCUCUCCCUUCCCACCAUCUCAUCUCUCUGAUGUUUCCACAUCACUGACGUGUUGCAUGUGUAUC